UUGGACUUUAUUUCUUUCCUCUUCCCUCUUCUGCUUCCAUCAGGGAAGUCGUGUGGGGAAUUUGAACCAUUCAGAAGAUGGUGACCAAGAAGACAGAGCCAGUCACCAUCAUCAGCCUUCGGAAGCUGAGCCUGGGGGCCCCAGAACCACAGCCAAAAGAGUCAAAGACCUUCACCGUGGAAGAUGCCGUGGAGACCAUCGGAUUCGGACGUUUCCACAUUGCCCUGUUUCUGAUCAUGGGCAGCACUGGGGUUGCCGAGGCCAUGGAGAUCAUGUUAAUAGCGGUUGUGUCUCCUGUCAUCCGCUGUGAAUGGCAUCUGGAGAACUGGCAGGUGGCAUUAGUGACCACGAUGGUGUUUUUCGGCUACAUGGUAUUCAGCAUCCUUUUUGGCCUCCUGGCUGACAGAUACGGCCGCUGGAAGAUUUUGUUCAUCUCGUUCCUGUGGGGAGCCUACUUCUCCUUGCUGACCUCUUUCUCCCCCUCGUACAUCUGGUUUGUCUUCCUGCGGACGAUGGUGGGCUGUGGCGUGUCUGGCCAUGCACAAGGGCUAAUCAUAAAGACUGAAUUUUUGCCUACAAAAUAUCGAGGCUUUAUGCUUCCCUUGUCACAGGUUUUCUGGCUGGCUGGUUCUCUGCUCAUCAUCGGCCUGGCCUCCGUGGUCAUUCCCACCGUCGGGUGGCGAUGGCUCAUCCGCAUCGCCUCCAUCCCUGGCAUCAUCCUCAUCCUGGCCUUCAAGUUUAUUCCUGAAUCUGCUCGCUUCAACGUCUCCACCGGGAACACUCAGGCUGCCCUGGCCACGCUGGAGCGCAUCGCCAAAAUGAACCGCUCCGUCCUGCCAGAGGGGAGGCUGGUGGAGCCCAUCCUGGAAAAAAGAGGAAGAUUUGCAGACCUGUUGGAUGCUAAAUAUUUGCGGACCACAUUACAGAUCUGGGUCAUAUGGCUGGGGAUCUCUUUCGCCUACUACGGGGUCAUCUUGGCCAGCGCCGAGCUGCUGGAGCGGGACUUGGUCUGUGGCUCGCGGGCUGAGUCCGCGGCGGUAGUGACCGCGGAGGCCGCCGGGGGGAGCCAGAGCCCCUGCUACUGCCACCUGUUCGCCCCCUCCGACUACAGGACCAUGAUCAUCAGCACCGUGGGCGAGAUCGCUCUGAAUCCUUUAAAUAUCCUGGGCAUCAAUUUCCUGGGCAGACGGCUGAGCCUUUCUAUUACCAUGGCAAGCACGGCUUUAUUCUUCCUUCUCCUCAAUAUUUGCACUUCAAGCGCCGGCCUGAUAGGCUUCCUCUUCGUGCUGCGGGCUCUGGUGGCAGCCAACUUCAACACCAUCUACAUUUACACCGCGGAGGUCUACCCUACCACGAUGCGAGCUUUGGGGAUGGGGACCAGCGGCUCCCUGUGUCGCAUUGGUGCAAUGGUGGCACCCUUUAUAUCCCAGGUCCUUAUGAACGCCUCAAUCCUGGGGGCCCUGUGUCUCUUCUCAUCUGUCUGUGUCAUAUGUGCCAUUUCUGCAUUUACUCUCCCUAUUGAGACCAAAGGACGGGCCCUACAGCAAAUUAAAUGAAGAUCUGCAAAGUGAUGUCUACCAGAGAAGAAAAUUGCAUUUCAUCUUCACAAAGAGCUGUGGCAUAUUGAAAAAAACCUGAUUUAGUUUCUGUAUGCUACUUGGUAAUUAAGAAACUAAUUCUGUAUCUUUUAAAACUAAGGCACAUGAGAUUGAGGUGGGUUAACUAUAUAUUGAUCUCUUUGCUGGAAGACAAUACGUAGAUAAUUUUAUACAAUAGGGAAGGUGGCUUUUCUUCCUGGAUAUAAAAUCUAUAUAAGUAAGUCUUAAAUCUCAGACAAAAUGCAUUUGUAUACUUGAUAUUUUCCACGAGGUAUAUAGCAAGAGUUGGGACUGAAAUUUUGUAGCUAAGACAUGAAGGGGGUCUGGUAUCAUUAAGCCUUUCAAAACAAAUAGAAUGACAAAUUCACAAUUAAAGUUAACAUAAUUUAAAUUGCAGCCUCCAUAUUAUUAAUGAAAACUUCCUAUUCAUAAAAAAAAUAUGCUUAAGUUAGUACAAGUCACAUAUAAUCACCAAGAAACUAGGAACAAACCAGCUUAGUUAUACUGUGGAAAGAGACCACUUCAGGCUUUUACAUUUAGCAUUUGGUCUUUUAUUGCUUUUCGAACUUACUGUGGAGACUUCUGAAAUAGGGGACUCCAAGGCUUGGCUCACCUAUUCUUCCCAACCCUCCUUAUGCAGUGGAAGAAGAACUCGCUAGAACCACCAGGGAGUAACACCCCUGCACUAUCCCUCUGUGCGAGAGGGUUUAUACCCUUGCUUGCAUAGCAAUGCAAAUCAUUAAGCCAUUUGUGCCUGUGGUUCAAAUAGGAAAGUCAGGAAAACUUUUCUGUAUGGAAAGAGCCAGACUAAAUAUUUUAGACCUUAUGAGCCACAUGUAGUCUGUCACUUUUUUUCAGGCCAUAGUUUUGUUGAAAUUAACUUCUAGGCCCCAGAUGGAGCCACUCCUGCCCAGCGUGCCACAUCAGUGAGCUGCAGGCUAACUUUCAUGGCCCUGUAAACUCUUUGCUUGAGCAAACACCAGGCCAGCUGGGCUCUGCACAUACUUCCUUGUUUCCUGUCAUUUAUCCUAUGAAAGCUUCCUGCCUUCCACCAUUUUGCAGUUCUCUGGACCCUUGGGAGUGGAGACUGCUUUGUGAAGCGUCAAAUAGGUUGUUCAGAUGGAUCACUGAAAUUGUCUUCUUUAAUCAUGUUUCGCAGUCUUUGGCAGUGAGAAUAGGAUCUGAAGCUGAACACUAAAGGCCUGAGGGACGAAAUGCACAGGUGAGGAGCCCACGGAACCCUUUGAGUUCACUGCUCCUCAUCGAAACCAAGGGCCGUGGGUGAGUCAUUAAUUCUGUUUUUGAGAUCCACUCCCUUGGGUAUAGCAAUCUGAUCCAAACAAACUUUGUUAAAAAAAAAAAAUUUUUUUCCCAGAAAGAUUCCUGUUGGUUACACUGGGAGUCUGAUGAGUGGCAGUAGUUAGGGGACUCAUAAAGCCUCCAGGUUAAGUCCACAGCAUAAACUGCUAGGAGACUUGGGGAAAUAAGAGAUUCAAACUUUUAACGAAUGCAUGACAAAUAGGCACAAAUUAUUAGAGUGAAAGGACUAAUAGAUCUAUUGCUAGAGGGAAUCUGAGAAGCCAAGGCUGCAAAAAGUUGGCAGGUAUGGGCUCUGCACUUGAAAAGAUGUUAGAGCACUUGCUACCUAAAUUUAAGAUUCCCAUGUGGGGGUAAGUUGGACAUGAACAGGUCAUAUCAGCACUAGGUCACCUGCCAACCUCCAGAAAAAUUCUGUGUAAUCAAGUACUGAUGCUGUAAAACAUCACAAAAUCCCCAACCCAGUGAUACAGCUCUCUGAUGUAUUAAUUUGGCUCAGAGAGACACGAGGCUUAGUCAAAAAAAGAAAAAAGAAAAGAAAAAAAAGGGAUCCUCAAAUUUCAGAUAAUUGAGUACUCUACCUUUUGGAAUACCUGCUUAUUUUAUGUCUAAGAAUUGUGGUCAUGGAAGCUAUUGGUAUCUACAAAAAUGGCAAAAUUCUACUAAGAAACCUAGAAUUACAAUAUCUAUUAUGGAAAACACUCCAAUUAUGCAAGACUGUUCAUAAAAAUUAAGGGUUCCUGGUAAUCAAAAACCUACCUAUGAAGAAAACCCCUGGACCAGAUGGCUUCACUGCUGAAUUUUAUCAAACAUUUUGUGAAGACCUAAUACCCAUUCUCCUUAAAGUUUUCCAAAAAACAGAAGAGGAGGGUAUAGUUCCAAACUCAUUCUAUGAGGCUAGCAUCACUCUAAUACCAAAACCAGGCAAAGACACCACAAAAAAAGAAAAUUACAGACCAAUAUCUCUGAUGAACAUAGAUGCAAAAAUACUCAAGAAAAUAUUAGCAAACCAAAUUCAAAAAUACAUCAAAAAGAUCAUCCAUCAUGAUCAAGUAUGAUUUAUGCCAGGGAUGCAAGGAU